UUUGGCAAUGUGACUCUCAUUGCUUUUGAGGUUGGCCACCUAAACUGCCAUGUCAAAUGUGCAACAGUCUGAACCAUAAAAACAAACAGCAGCCUGGCCGCCGCAUUGAGAGAAUGUGUUAAAGUAGCGGUUUGUGAAUGGGUGAGGAGCAGAUGCAACAAACACAUUACCUUACUUCCUCAUCUGCUCUGCCUUUGCCGACUUCUGCGUUUCUGUUCAAAGGUAUGUUUUCUUACUAGGAACCAUGGCGAUGAACACCACAGUCGACAACAUCACCAGCCCCCCAGUGACAACCAACUCAACUUCAGAAGCCCCCUCGGCCCUGGCACACCUCACCGAGCCCUUCAGAAUCGCCCUGAUCAUCAUUUACACUGCAGUCCUUCUGGUUGGCAUCACAGGCUUAUCCGUUAUGAUCAGCUUGUUAAAAACCAACAUUCGCUCGUUAACCACCAUCGCCUUCCUGAACUUGAUGGUCGCACACUUUCUUUUCCUGCUCACCGUGCCGUUCAGAAUCUACUACUACGUGUCCCAAACGUGGAAGCUGGGUCCGGAAUUCUGUAAACUGGUCAGCGCCAUGGUGCAUAUCCACAUAUACAUGGUGUUUACGAUCUACUCCAUCCUUCUCACGGUUCGUUUCCUGCAUUUUUACAAGAAAACGCAGCGGACUGAGUUCUACAGGAGGCUGCAUGGGCUGUGCGCGAGCGCUCUGGUGUGGUUCAUCCUGAUAAUCAUCAUGGUACCCGUCGUGCUGAUACAAUACGGACAUAAAACCGUACCAGAAAACCAGUGCUUCAAAUUUGGAGAUGAAAUAAAGAAGUAUGUCUACGCCCUGAACAUGAUUCUAUCCAUCUUUAUUAUCACGGUGUCGUGUCUUCAGACCUGCAUCCAGGUGGCCAUCCUGCGCUCGAUGAUCGUCAAGUACGGCCCCGCCUGCCGCUCCCAGCAGGAGUUUUGGGUCCAAAUAAAAAACCUCAGCUUUGUACUCAUCAUGCUCACCUGCCUGGCACCGUACCACCUUUUUAGGCUACAAUACCUGCAAAACACUGAAGGCCUUCAUCAGAUAAAUGAAGUGUUUCUGGCCAUCACUGGGCUUACGUGUUUCGACAUGUUGACGUUCACAGGGAAGAACAUAUAUAAAGUGUGUUGGACCAGAUAAAUAAAGCGGAUAAAUACUGAACAUAUUUUCCGCAUCAUUACCCAUAAAUCAGGAUCUGCAGAUGGAAACUGGAAACCGUUUUGACAGAAAACGAGUGUUAUAAUUAGGAGGUGAAGGUAAAUGAGCAUCAGCCUUAGCAAAAUGUAGCCAUAUGUUAGCAGUUUUGCGCCAAAAUACCAUAGAAAUGUCUGCAAAUAUUGUUAACUGUGGUAGCUGAGACUCUGAAAGCUUUUUACAUUGUUUGAAUGCUCUUGGAGAAAAAAACAAAAACAGGCCUGUAUUUUCAUUUAAAUUCCAGUAGGCCUACCAUGAUACGGCAGCAUUAAAGUAACAGUAGGCUAUCAUUCGAUAUUUAUGUGUUUAUAAUGACUGUAGUGGUAAUGGUUGUCAUGGUAUUCAAGUCUUUCUGAUGGUUUGAGAUCACGCUUGUUUUGAUAUCAUGCUUUUGUUGAGAUAGAAAAGCACAAUACAUUUUAUUUAAAGGGUUAAUUUUACAGAGAACAUUUGACAAUUUUACAUUUACUCAAUACACAUAAUAAUUGAACUAACUUGAAUGCAGCCCAAAGAAUUUAAGGUUAACGUUCUCAGAACUUUGGUUAAUCUUUUUGGCUCUCUUAAAUUUAUGAAUAAACGCUCUUCCAAUAAUAGAA